AUGAAGUCGACUGCUGCCCUGUUGGGCCUCCUCGGCCUGGCUGGCUCAGCUUGUGCUGAUCCCACAUGGCCAAACGCAAUCGACGAGAUUGAGGAGAUCAUGACCCAGCUUCAGUCGUUUCGCGCACGCAAAUUUGCCGACACAGUGAGCCCAUGCUCCAAUGAGGCCUCGGGUCCCGGCCGACAGAACGCUGCCGAGUGGCUCCGUGUUGGCUUCCACGACAUGUCCACGGCCAACACCUUCUUUGGCAUUGGUGGCCUCGACGCCUCGCUCCAGUACGAGCUCAACGAUGGUGAAAACACGGGCCCUGGCCACAAGACGACGCUGGAGUUUAUGGGUCCUUACCUCUCUCCUCGAUCCUCUUUGGCUGAUUUGAUCGCCUUGGGCGUCUAUACAUCCGUUCGCUCUUGCGGCGGCCCUUCUGUCCCAAUUCGCGUUGGCCGAAUAGAUGCCACCCAGGCGGGGCCCGUGGGCGUGCCCCAGCCCCAAAACUCAGUCUUUACCUUUCAGCAGCAGUUUCAACGCAUGGGCUUCAAUACCGAAGAAAUGAUCCAGGUCACGGCCUGCGGUCACACUCUGGGUGGUGUUCACAACACCGAGUUUCCCACUCUUGUGCCCAGCGGGACCGGUGUCGACGGCGAAGGGAGCCUUGACUCGACUGAUGCUGUUUUCGACAACAAGGUCGUAACUGAGUAUCUGUCUGGGAAAACCACAAACCCUCUUGUUGUCGGUCCUUCAGUCAAGCUUGGCAUGAACUCCGACUUCAAGGUCUUCAAUGCCGAUGGUAACCAGACGAUGGAGGCUUUGGCCGAUGCCAACAACUUCACCUCUGUCUGCCAGACUGUGCUGCAAAAGAUGAUUGAAGUUGUUCCUCCUGGCGUCAAGCUGUCCGACCCCAUCGUGCCUUACAAGAUCAAGCCUGUAAACAUGCAGCUGACUCUCAUCAAUGGCGGCAGCACCCUUCAGCUUACGGGCUACAUCCGCGUCAAGACGACCGGCCUUGCGCAGAACAGCAUAUCCAGCGUAUCCAUCACUUACAAGAACCGCAAGGGCACCACCGACUGUGGCCUCAGUUCUUGUGUUGUCACCGCCACCGUUCAGGGUGUUAGCCAAGGCUUCGACGAUACUUUCAACUUCUAUCCCAUUGCGGCCAACAUCCUCGCCACGUCUGGUAUCUCGUCCUUUACCGUUACUGUUAACAACGCCGAUGGCACCAAGGAUGUUUACGACAACAACGGCCAAGAGUAUCCCAUCCAGGAUGCAAUCGUCUUCCAGGCUCCCCAAAGCUGCGUCCUUGGAUCCUCUGGUGCUCUGACUGCUGUGGCUGCCGUUCGCAACGACCGUCUCAGCCAAGGUGCGCAGGCCAGAAUCUGGUACAAGACUUCACAGACAAAUAGCCCAGUUCCUCUCCUGCAAAACACCACCGUUGGCCUUCAAAAAGGCCAGUGUGUCGGGCCUUAUACUUUGUUCAAUGUCGACUACACCAUCCAGGGCGGCUUAGCCUACGAGGGAUACGUCGAUGUCAUAAGCGGCGACCAGUCUGAUAGCUUCAAGGCCCUUACAGGCAUUGGUGGUACCUGCCGUGCUUUUGCCAAUCCUGCCACAUGCAAUGGCGGCGAUUCAGGAUCUGUUGGCUCGACGAGCAUCUCAACUCUUCCGGCCACCACUUCUGCUGCCCCUACAUCUGAGCCAGCAACCAGCGACCCGAUUACCUCAGACCCCCCAACGACGGUACCUCCUACGACGGUACCUCCCACAACAGUGCCUCCCACUACGACAGUUGCUUCUCCCACUCACCGCCCUACGGUUGGGGGAUAUGUAAUGGUUUCUUGCUGGACGGAAGGUGAUGCCGCGCGUGCACUAAGCGGUAAUUCGUAUUCCAACGACUCGAUGACUUUGGAAAGCUGCAAGGACUACUGCAGUAGUUACGUCUACUGGGGAACUGAAUACGGUCGAGAAUGUUAUUGUGGUAACACGCUGGCGAAGAGCAGUGAGGCAGCCCCUAUUGGUGAUUGCAAUAUGGUUUGCGCUGGCGACGCCAGUGAAUUCUGUGGUGCCGGCAACCGUCUUGAGCUUUAUUCGACCACUGUCACUCAGCCGCCCUCUCCCACUGGCACUCUAACCCACGAGCCCACCGUCGGCCCAUAUACACUGGUGGGCUGCUGGACGGAAGGCGAGGGCGUUCGCGCUCUGGCCCAGGAUGCCACUAUUGCAGCGAAUAUGACGAACGAGGCCUGUUCCGAAUUCUGUUCAGAUUAUAGGUACUUCGGUACUGAAUAUGGAGAUGAGUGCUAUUGUGGUAGCUUCCUGGAGAGCACCAGCGCAACUGCACCUCUGGCCGAUUGCAACAUGCCUUGCGGUGGCAAUCAGUUCGAGUACUGCGGAGCCAGCAACCGUCUUGAGCUUUACAUCAAUCCCAACGUUACAGGUGGCUCGCCUGAGCAGCCCGCUGCCGCUGGUGACUUUGUAUUUGUCGGCUGUCAAACAGAAGGCAACGGCACCCGCGCCCUGACUGGUUCUGCCAGCGCUGCAGGUACCAUGUCGAAUGAAGCCUGUGCCACGUUCUGCGAUGAGUUCAAGUACUUUGGCACCGAGUAUGGCAGCGAAUGCUACUGCGGAAACGCUCUUGACCUGUCUUCUCUGGAGGCUGCCGCGUCCGACUGCAACAUGCUCUGCAGCGGCAACGACCUGGAGUAUUGUGGCGCGGGUAACCGCCUGUCGCUUUACACGAAGAAGCCCGCUCAAAUCACAUAG